AGGAAAAGCAGUACACGGAAGAAAUGUAAAGCGCUCCCCCGGUACAUCAGAGCAUCCUGCGGUCUGGCUGGCACACGCAGGCCUUGCUUUACCAGCGGAUCGGCGAUGCGCACCGCUUAACGCCUAUUUAUUACUGGCUUUUGAGUGCAGUUUAACCUGCUCAGGCCGCCAUCAGGUGCGUCUGUCGUUGAAACACUCGCGACAACACGUUGAUAGAACGCUGGGCAAAUAUACAUCCUAUAUGCGAACAGCAAAGCUUAGGGGAAAUAAACGUUUUAGAUUUGUAAACAUAACUUUUCUCCAUCAACUAUCAAAUUUUUAACACGACAUAAUAUUUUCAUAAUUUUGAUUAAAUUGACUUGUUUAGGGGUUUGUUGCUUAAUGCGUUAAUACAUUGGGGCUCGUUUUGAACGGUUUCAGACCAUCAAUCCAGACAGGAAACCAGAAAUAAUUAUACAAAUUUAAAAAGUUAAAUAGUAAUUGUGACAUUGUAACAGAACAUAGUAAGAAACGAUGCGCAGCAUGACGGAUGUAUUGCCCACCAGAGGGCUGACAGGACCAGCCCGCUUACGUACCUUGUCUGGAGCCGAGCGCGUUGUUUCAGGCCAGGAUUACAAAGUAUAAUGAAAUUGGAUUUCCGUGUCCUGCGUGGAGGCUUUUCUAUUUGUAGAACCUUAUAUAGUUAAGCGUCCUCGGUUACGAUGAAAUAAUCACAGAUUCGUCUAUCUCAGCCUGAGUUUCUCCAUGACCCAUGCAGACUUUUAAAAUUAAUAGGGUUCCUAUUAACUCUUACAUUUCUUUUCCUCCUCGUAAUGUUUGUAAAGGAAAGGUUUGCAUUCAUUGCCAAAAUUGGUGUGAACCGCCAUGUGAAGACAUUUGGAGUAUUUGGUAAUAUGGGAUAGGUAAACUAUGAUUAACUAAACGAAUAGGUUGUGCUUAUACAGACUAUUAAUUGGGGGAAAGUAGGCUAUAUGCCUAAAAACACAUAUUUCGAUCAAACACUCUUAUAACUUAGAAUGUUUAAGUGCGUUAAACGGCGACACAAAGAAAGUUUGCAUGUUCACGGUCUCUUUAAAAGCAACCCAUUCGCCUUCCUCGGAGAAUGACAUGUCCGAAAGGGGAGGACUGGAUCCGGAGCCAGUCCAGGAGACUUGGACGGGCUGGAGUGUGUCUACAUGUGAAGCGACUAAACAGGGGCGGAUGCAGGACUCUCGACGCAACAAGUUAACUAUUUAUUUAUUUAUUCGUUUUUCCCCUUCUAAUAAUCUGGAACAGUGUUCGGGACGGUAUCUCCGUCAGAAAUAGGGUCUGAACUUUUAGGGGUUUCGGCUCCGGUAUGGUAUUAUGGAUUGCACAAUGUCAAGGUCUGGAUUGCGAAUCUGAAGGACGACUGUUUGCAUAGUUUCAGAUUCACCGAUUGACUUUGAUUGCUUUUUAUAUCUGUAUGGAUUAAUUUUUAUGGGCAUCUCCGGAUUCUGUGGCUAGAUUAUGCAUUCGUCAGGAUGGGCGCGAACAAUGGGAAACAGUGUGGAAGUGAGGGUAAAGGCAGCUCCAGUAUCUCCUCCGACGUGAGUUCAAGUACGGAUCACACGUCAACAAAAGCUCCCAGGAAUGUAGCUACCAGCGAAGAUUCAGACCUGAGCAUGAGGACGCUGAGCACGCCCAGCCCCGCCCUCAUCCUGUCUCCAAGCUCCUCCCCUCUGUCGCCGUCAGCCAUCAUCAAUGGCUCCUCCACCUCUUCCUCUUCGGUCACCGGGGAGACCGUCGCCAUGGUGCAUGCUCCCCCCGGCAGCCUGCCUCACGCACGUAUGCGGGCCUGGCCCCGGCCCCCGAAGGACCAGCUGCCGCCCAUCGAGCUGCUCCCAGACCACGUCUUCCUGACCAUCUUCUCCCACCUGCCCACCAAUCAGCUGUGCCGCUGCGCCCGCGUCUGCCGCCGCUGGUACAACCUGGCGUGGGACCCGCGGCUGUGGCGGACUAUCCGCCUGACGGGGGAGCUCCUGCACGCCGACCGUGCCCUGCGUGUCCUCACCCGCCGCCUCUGCCAGGACACGCCCAACGUCUGCCUCAUGUUGGAGGCGGUGGUAGCCAGCGGCUGCCGGCGGCUGACAGACCGCGGCCUACACACAGUGGCUCAGUGCUGCCCCGAACUGCGGCGCCUGGAGGUGGCCAGCUGCUACAAUGUGUCCAAUGAGGCCGUGUUCGAGGUGGUGUCCCGCUGUCCAAACCUCGAGCACCUGGAUGUCUCAGGCUGCUCCAAGGUGACCUGCAUCAGCCUGACGCGCGACGUCUCCCUUAAGCUGGCCCCCAUGCAUGGGCAGCAGAUCUGCAUCCGCUACCUGGACAUGACGGACUGCUUCGCGCUGGAGGACGAGGGCCUGCACACCAUUGCAGCACACUGCACGCAGCUAACGCACCUGUACCUGCGCCGGUGCACGCGCCUCACCGACGAGGGCCUGCGCUGUCUGGUGCUCUACUGCCCCGGCGUGCGCGAGCUGAGCGUCAGCGACUGUCGCUUCAUCAGCGACUUCGGCCUGCGCGAGAUCGCCAAGCUGGAGGGCCGCCUGCGCUACCUGAGCGUGGCACACUGCAGCCGCAUCACCGACGUGGGCGUGCGCUACAUCGCCAAGUACUGCGGCAAGCUGCGCUACCUCAAUGCCCGCGGCUGCGAGGGCCUCACGGACCACGGCCUCGAGCACCUGGCCAAGAACUGCCCCAGGCUCAAGUCACUGGACAUCGGCAAGUGCCCCCUAGUGUCGGACGCCGGGCUGGAACUGCUGGCCCUCAACUGCUUCAACCUGAAGAGGCUGAGCCUGAAGGCCUGCGAGAGCAUCACGGGCCGCGGCCUUCAGGUAGUGGCCGCCAACUGCUUUGACCUGCAGCUGCUCAACGUGCAGGACUGUGACGUGCCACUAGAGGCGCUGUGCUUUGUGAAACGCCACUGCAAGCGCUGCGUCAUUGAGCACACCAACCCCGCCUUCUUCUGACGGGGCAGACAGAGGACAACUGAGAAAUGUGUGCAGUACUCACUUACCCACAAUGCUGUUUGGGUCCAGUUCUGUGACACAUGAGUAUUUAUAUGCGUGUGUGUAUUUUGUAUUAAAAUCAUUGCCGUGGCCUGGCUGUAAAUGUUCGCUCGCUCACUCGCUCGGCUCCACAAUGUGAGAAGCUCAUACAGUUUUUAAGAAACAGAACUAUGACGUACGAGUCUUCACCCAGAGUCACCACAGCCGUGUACUUUAAUUACACAGAAACGACCGUUAAUGCUUGCAUGUAAAGUGUGAAUGUCAGUUUUGGUCCUAAUCGUCAUAAUCUCUGCUUAUAGUGCAGUGUUUUGUUGGAGCUCUUGUUGAACAUACCACCAAAAGACAGCUUUAAAAAAAUAAAUAUACACAAAAUAUUUUAACACUCCACUUUUAAACAUUGACAAGUUGAUUGUUUUUUAUUAAAGAUCCUUUAAACCUGAUAUUCAUAGAAAUUCAGAAUGGCAAAUGAAUGCAGGACAAAUUACUGAAAAUUCAGUGGCAUCAAAAUGUGUCUAAACUUUAACUUAAUGAAAAAAAGCAGAACAUUUUUUUCCAGCCCCAUAAAGAUUGUAAAUGAAACGCCAAUUAAAGGUAGUGUGGCAUGUCCUGGUGCAUAUGGCAUGUCAAUAGCAUGUGUCUGUCCAACAGGAAAUUUCAUGUGCGCCUCCACUAAGAGCUUGAUCCCUUUUCCUAUUCCUACUUUGUUUUGAAUAUAAGACGUCCUCCCUGUCAAAAUUUUGGGAUCACUACAUUUUAUCCUUAGUCAUCUGGGUGCAGAUUUCGGAGAUCUUUCUACAUUUCACUCUUGUAUUUUUUGCUUGCUGAUUAUGUUUGUUGAUGCAUCACCCGUAAUGUCCAUUUCUGACAGCAUUGCUGUCUGUCUCUCCUACAGAAACCAUUGUACCGUGACUCUUUUUGACUUUAAGAUCUGUUUAUCUUUAUGCACUGAGACAAUCACCCCUUUAAAGUGGACCAGUUAAUUACUUAUGGGAAAAAAAACUCAGAUACGUCUGAGAAACGUUAGCCAGUAUUGAAAAAUGUGGAUGAAAUGAAAGAUUUACCAAAAAGUUAAUGUAAGUAUUGGGAAUUAAUAUGCCUGGAAAUGUGUUGCAGAUCAGUUACUGUCACAUAAAAUCCUCUCAAAUAAACAUUCCUUUUAAUAGAAAA